UGUCCUUUCUCCUACGCUCAGUAGUCCACCGUCAAUUAGAGUGUAAAAACGUUACGCUCCCCAUGAAAACGAACGGAAAACGGAAUCGCCUGAGCCCCAGAAGGAAUCCGUAUCCGUCGCCGCCGUCAGAUAUCCGCUUGCAGGAUACAACAAAAAUAUUGCAUAUAUACACACAGCCGCACAACGAUGCCCGACAACGAAUCCGAUAAAGAAGAAAACUAGCCAAACGUGCAAAUCCCAAAUAGUUGUGUGCGAGUACGAGUACUCCGAUUGAAAAAAAUUUACAAGUGCAAUGUGAAAGUCAGCUUAUACGACAGCUGAACGUCCUGCCACUGUCUGUAUGCGUGAGUGUCCUGCCAGUGAGUGUGUGUGUGUAUGUGUGCGUUAAAAGUGUGCAAAAGUAAAUACCACGAAACUCGCUGAACGCCGAAAAAUAAAGCAGCAGAAACAGGGGCACUGGGAGACGAAGAAAGCAGAAAUCAACGAAGGAUACGCAGAGCUACAUUAUUUGGCCGGAGGCAGUCCGAGGCAGAAGAAGAAGAAAAUCCGGAGCAGAAAUCGUGUGUGUGUGUGUGCCUGUGUGUGUGUAUUUCAGGUGGCGCCCCAGUGAACAGUGGGAGCAGGAGCUACAGUAGCGAAGGCAACCUCGAGACGCAUGCAUGCUCCAUGCUCGCCGCUGGCUGAUGGCCAAAGUUGGAAUCGAAAUCGAAUCAGAAACCGGGACUUCAGUGACGACUCCUCCUCCAACUCGUACUCCAACUGAAGAGUACGGCGCAUCAAGCAUACGCCCCGUUGAACACACCUGUGGGCAUUGAGAAGACAGGAGAGGGCAAAGUGCAGCAGCAGGAUGUCAACUUCAAAGCAUCAUCAACAUCGGCACUACCACUACCACGCUGGCUUCGUUUGGCUUCUUCUGCUGUCGACGGCCAGUGCCGCCGUGAGUGCCAUUGCCGAGCCGGAGGAGGCGGCCUUCCAAGGACACUGUGGACACACCAGCCCCUGUGAGCAGCUCUGCUACGAGAUCCACGAUGGAAUGUACGAGUGCGACUGCAUCGAGGGAUACGAGCUGAACAAGAACGGCUACAGCUGUCAAGUUAUCAACUCCACUGCCAAUGGGUUGGAUGGGCGUGGAAAGUCCGACGAGGACGUGCUCUACCAGAAGGGAGCCUCUUUCAGCGCCAAGCUGGCCAACGAUGAUGGGAAGUCAGCGGGGAAGUCGCCACUGGCGGGAUAUGCUUCGCAAACCUCCUCGCCAGAUGGAGUCGCCAAUGAGGACGAGGACUCUGGCCCGGAGAGCGAGAGCUACGAUUACGAGGAAGCAGAUGACAGAAAUUUCGAGACACAGGAGCAACUGCAGCAAGCGCAGCAGUUGCAGGAAGAGAAACAAAAAGUCAAUUCAAACGAUUACUACAUAUCAGCCGAGAGCAUUAAUUUCAACUCGGAUUCCGAGGACAACUUCAAGGCGGCCAGCACAGCUCCCCCGGCCGCAACUCCAUCCACUCCUAAUGGCAGGAGCACCAUCCGGGUAGCCACCAGCACCACUACGCUGAGACCCCCGCCAGCCAGUGCUGGCCAUGACCCGGAUCGAAAUAAGGAUCUGGAGGCCGAUUACAGCAAUGGGGACGACUACAGCUACGGCUACAAGUCGGACAUGUCCGUCUACGACGACGUCAACAAUAAUCAAUUAAACUUAAGACACCCGAGCAGUAGCAGGGGCAGCAGCAGUAUAAGUGAAUCGCAAACAUAUCAGCAAACAAGCAAUACUAAUCCAGAAAACAGGAGCAACGCAAAGAGCAGGAAGCGGAACAAAAACAUUACCAGCAAUAAGGUUCAAAUGCAUAUCACGAGGGAGUCCACCACUCUUGGAAACAUAUCAGAGGCCACGGAGCAGGAUGUGGGGGCAGCCAUGGCAACGGACAGAACCAGCAGCCCCAUCUGCAAUUUGGACUGUGGCGCCGAGGGAAUCUGUGCCUUGGAGGCCACUGCCGCGAGUUCCCGCUGCCUUUGUCCUUUUGGAAAGACAGGGCCAGGAUGUCAAGAAGACAUUCGGGCUAAUGUACCGCGCUUCGCCAAGCGAUCCUGGCUAGCCUUUCCUGCCCUCCAUGGCGCCUACAAACAUGUCCAGCUGCGCCUCGAAUUCCGUCCCGAGUCCUUCGAUGGCAUCAUCCUGCUCAGCGGCGAGCGGGACGACCUGACUGGCGACUUUAUGGCCCUGCUUCUGAACAAGGGCUUCGUGGAGUUUUGGUUCGACUGUGGUUCCGGAGUGGGCAGUGUCCGGUCGCGGGAGACCAUCCUGCUGAACGAAUGGAACUCGGUCAUCAUAUACCGUCACAGGUGGGACGCAUGGCUGGUUCUCAACCACGGCACAAAGGUGCAGGGCAGAUCAAAUGGUUUGUUCUCGCGCAUCACGUUCCGGGAGCCCGUUUUUCUGGGCGGAAUAGGCAAUAUUACGGGACUGGCCAAGAGACUACCAAUGGCUGAGGGCUUUGCGGGCUGCAUUCGCCGAUUUGUGGCCAACGAACACGACUAUAAGUUCACGGAACACCCCUUGGGAGAUGUCAUCAAUGGAUUCGAUAUACAGGACUGCUCCAUGGACAAGUGUGUGAGGUAUCCAUGUCAGCACGGCGGGAAAUGCCUUCCCUCCGACAAAGGAGCCAUCUGCCUCUGUCCCAUUGGCUUUGUUGGAGAUUUGUGCGAAAUACGGAUGGACCUUCAGGUCCCAGCCUUUAAUGGUUCCUCCUUCCUCCGUUACGCGCCCCUGGGUGACAGUGCUCUCAUCUGGCUGGAGUUGAAGGUGACCCUGAAGCCGGAACAACCGGACGGACUGAUCCUGUAUUCCGGCCCAGAGCAUCGCGGGGACUUCAUAGCUCUGUACUUGAACGACGGAUUUGUUGAGUUUGCCUUUGACCUGGGAAGCGGUCCGGCUUUAGUAAGGAGUGAGCGUUCCAUCAGCCCGGGCCAGUGGCACACCAUUAGGAUCUCCCGAACCGCCCGGUUGGCAGUGCUCAAGGUGGACCAGCACCAGGAGGUCAUGACCAUCUCCUCCAACGGCUUCUGGCACUUGUCUUUGGACCAAAACCUCUUUGUGGGAGGAGUGAACCACGUGGAUCGCCUUCCCCUGGACCUCAAGUACAAACCCUUUUUUGUGGGCUGCAUUCAGAAGAUUGACAUAAACGGGCACUCGCUGGGAAUCGUGGCCGAGGCAUUGGGAGGCAGCAACAUCGGCAACUGCCCCCACGCCUGUGUGGCGCGGCCUUGCGGCCCCCUGGCGGAGUGCGUGCCGCAAAUGGAAAGCUACGAGUGCCGGUGCAGCAUCCACAAUGAGCGCUGCAACAAGGCCGCCGAGGUUCCGCCGGAACAACUGUCCUUGCUGGGUAUCCACAAGUCCAGGGUCCUUGACGCCAAACACAAUGGCGAGGAGCCCCCGAUGGAGAAGGUAUAUUCGGGCCAGCAUCACAAGAAGCAUUUUAAGAAGCACAAGAACGUGCAUAAGCCAACCCCUGGAAGCAGCACAAGCACGAGCACAACCCCAGCCACUACCACCUCCACCACCACGGCCCACGCAGAGACUGCCACGGCGGGGUCGCUGAGCAACGAGGAAAUCGAAGACGAUAUUAUCUUCCGCUUUGUGCAGCAACAGCAGCAGCAAAAGGAGCUCAGAGAGCAGCAGCAGUCCCCUUUGAGCAGCACUCCUGCCCCCUCACCCAAACCGAAGCCGAAACACUCUGGCGGAAAGCACCAUGCCAGCAAGCACGAGCACCACCAGAAGCCGAACGCUGCCUUCGCCCGGAAGCUCAGCAGACUGCCCACCCACUAUGAGAGUUUCCAGACAAACCCGGACAGCGACAUCCUCACCUUCGCGGACAGCAACGACUGGGUGGCUAGUCUGCAGCAGCAGGAGUACGCCGAUGCCAAAGGUGUGGAGGAGGAGGAGAGCAACCUCAAGCCUCUCAAGCAGAAGGAUGACAGUCAGGAGUCAGUCCCGGACGACCACACCUUUGUGUUCGAUGAGUCCUUGUUCGAUGCAUCGGAUGGAACGGAGGAGUACCAGCGCAAGCAGCUGGCCCAGGACAUGCGGCGCAUCAUGUCCAAUUCCAACGACCACUCCAGCCACAAGAAGGCGGAAGCCCAGACCCCGAGCCCCCCCAUACUGUCCAACGAGGACACCGUGCAGUACAGUGACUACACCGACGACGAGCUUCUGACCCCCGUUCUGCAGGGUGAAGAUGUUGCCCAGCCGGAGCAGCACGCGUCCUCCAGUAGUUCGCCGCAAACCAACACGGACUGGAGCCUGCUGAAGAAGUUCGACUUAUCCGCCGAGCACCAGUCGCAGAUUCAGGGAGUCCGCAAGAACUUUGGUGCCUGUUUUGCCGGCAGCGACAGCUACUUCCACUACAACGAUGCAGAGACCAUGAGCCAGGUGAUUAGCUACAGCAUAGACCUGAAUCUUCGCAUCAAAACGCACUCGGAGAACGGUGUUAUCCUGUGGACGGGACGCCAGGGCACAACGGAUCAGCACGACGACUACCUGUCCUUGGGCAUAGAGCAGGGGUACUUGCACUUCCGCUACGAUUUGGGCUCAGGCGAGGUAGACAUCCGCUUCAACGGCACAAAGGUCAGCGAUGGUCUGUGGCACCGAGUGAGGGCUAUAAGAAACUCCCAAGAGGGCUACCUCGAGGUGGAUGGGCGGAAAACAACAGUCUUACAGGCGCCAGGAAAGCUACGACAGCUGAACACUGACACGGGGCUGUAUGUGGGGGGCAUGCCUGAUGUGGCAUACUUUACGCAUCACCGAUACUUCAGUGGCAUUGUCGGAUGCAUCUCAGAGAUCGUGCUGGCCGGCGAGAUGAAGCUGAACUUUGACCCCAACACGCUGGGAACGGAGCACAAUGUGGAGACGGGCCUCCUGUGAAACGGUGCACGCACGCCUCAAGACUUUUGAUAUAUCGAAUAGUUUAAAUUGUUUAUGUUAACCACACAAAUGUCCUUCGUCGGUUUGUGUUUGUACAAAUACGCUUUUAAAACGGAAAACAGAAAACAGAGAACGGUUAGGAGCAUUUUUUUACACCAAGGGAUGUGGAUGAGACGAGCUGAGAACGAACCGAACUAAUUCUAGAAGGGAAGAAACUACAUAUUAUAUACAAGCAUAUUUAGUAUAUACAAAAAAAAAGCAUACAUAGAUAUAUAUAUAUAUAUUUAAAGCAGAGGAAACCAAUUCCCAAAACAAAAACAAAGGCACGCUUUCGCAUAGAGCCUGUGACUGUCAAUACUUCAGAAUGGAAUAGUUUAUAUACAUGCAUACAUAUAUCUUUAGCGAAAGGAUCGAGAUCGGGCGCGUAAAUCAUAUAGAAUAUGAAAAACCAAAUUAACUGUCCAUUUGCCGCGACUAGCGAUACCGAUACCGAUAGCGAUAGCGAUAACGAUACUUUAGUGUGUGGUGGCUUUUUUGAACCGUUACGAACCGUUACGCUUUACACUCGCAAAGCUGCUAUCCUUUUGUACCACACACCCACACACCUACAUUCUGAAAUCUAGAAACUGAAAACUUGGAGGAGAAAUUGGCAACUGUUUCGUUUUUCGCUGUACCUUAAACUAUGAACUAUUAAACUGUAUAACUGUACAUCCUGUACUAUUUGGCGCUUCUUGGAAGGUCUAGUCCAAAAAUCGAAUGAAUCAAAGAAAGCGGUAGGCUGGGGAAAGUGAGAUGGACAGUCGGAGAUGGACAAAAAAAACACAAGCUAUUAGGUUGUAAGCUAAUAAAUGUGUAGCGUGUACUAGCUCGUAAGUCGGCACACUCACACACAACACAACACACACUCUACACUGAAAACGAACGCAAACACACGCCUGCCUAUAUUUACUUUUAUAUCGACGUGGAGCAUUAACAAAUCGUAAGAUACUAUAAUGACACCAAAGAAACUUAAGACAUACGUAAGGACACCAAGCAAAAGGACACACACAAGGAUUUUUAACAAUUUUUACUAUGACACAACAAAAAAAAAAACAAAAAACAGCGACUACAACAACAACUAGCUAAUGGAAACCAAAACAGAAACGUAAGCGAAGCAAUUAAACAAUCCCAUAGCUAAAUUUUUAAAUCAAGCGAGAGAAGCAACUAAUCCGUUUUGCCUGUUGAAAAAAAUGGUAUAAGAUCCAUAAUGUAAUACAAGGGUGGGUGAAUAAGUCGGUGACUUUUUUAAUUUCCCGCUUCCUAAUUCAAAAUGGCAACACUGCUGCUGUCAACGGUCCUGUCAAAAUUUGAACAAGCUGCGUCAUUUAGUUUCAGUUUGGCAGGACAACCUAAGAAAAAGUUCUCUUCCCCAACCGGGUGGAGGAGACACAUUUGUAUUCGUCUUAUGAGUAUAUAAUUUUGUAGCUUAAUGAGAUAAACAACCACGUAUGUAGUUAUAUAUAUACAUUAUAAACACAUAUGCGUAACUACAUAUAUAUAUGACUAACGGGAACUAUAGAAAAAACGAAGCGUAAAAUUAAAUAAAGAAAUCACAACCACCAAUCAAUGUAAAACUAAAUUUAACGACAUUCAAUGUAGCUUAUUUAUAUGACUAACUAUUAACAGAGGAAGCCAUUGGGACAUUUAGUUUCGUACAUUCGUUUGCAGAAAAUAAAGAUAAAAGAAUGUAA